AUGGCCAAGGGCCUCCCCUCUGGCCUUGACAGAGCUGCUUGUCUUCUCCUCCCCUGGGAGGAGAGUGAGGCAAUGGGUCCGUCCCUGCUGCUGUCUCUGCUGCUGUUGCCGACAUGUCUGCAGGCUGGUAGCUCAGAAGAAUGUGAUUUAAAAACUGGCUAUGGGAUCAAGCAACCAAAUCACCUCUCAGCCCCCAUGGGUGGCUCCGUCCAUAUCCCUUUCUCCUUCUAUUACUGCUGGAAGUUAGCCAAGGAUCCCAGAGUGAGUAUAGCCUUGAGACGGGAACACUUCCAUGCGCAGUUCAUCUACAACAGUACUCAGCCUUUCAUCCAUGAGGAGUACAAGAACCGCAUCUCCCUGAACUUGUCAAUGGGUCAGAAGUUUGGCUCCCUGUGCAUAUCGAACCUGCGGAAGGAGGAUGCGAAUGUAUACUUUUGCCGGAUCCAAGUGAAAACACUAAGACACGGCACGCAGGUGUGGCAGUCCGUCCAGGGGACCAGACUCACCGUCACCUACACCAUGGGCUCAGCCCAGCACACACAGCAGGUACCCAAUGACGACCGAGAGCCCCGUCCCCACCUCUGCCUGUACUGUCCCCACUGCCCGCUCCGAUCUCGCUGCUCCGUGCUGGCCUUUGAGAGGCACGAUGAAGACCAGAACAACAGCGGCAUCCUCUACGCCUCCCUCACUCUCUCCAGCUCCUCAUCACCGGCAGCAUCUCCCUGCAUCCCUCCCAAGGAGAGCCCCCAGGAGGAGACCCUAUACUCUCUCAUAAAGGCCUGA